CGUCGUCGCUACCGCGCGUCCGGCCUAUGGGGACGUAGCUGUCGUACUGGAGGCUCGAACGCUCAAAAGAUGUGUGAGGAUUUUUGUUAAAAGUGCGUGUGCUCGCGUAUUCGCGAUUCCCUCGUCGUUUCCACGGAUCGGAAAAACGUUGCCCGCGCACGGGGAGUCGCGCCCACGGCGAUGACUUUCACGUGAGAUCGAUCGCGCCUGUCGGUUUAUUCUCCGGUUAGGAGAAAAGUGCGUGAGUGUGCCGCGCAAGAGUUGCCUCCUUCAUCGACGAGUGGGCUGACGAUGCGCGACAGACACCGGAUUUGCAAAAGUAUUUGAAUAGCAGAGGUAUCGCGAUGGACCGCUUUUUUUCGCUGUCACGAGAGACGUGUAUCCCGGAUCGUUCAGGAGGCGUUGAAACUCCGCACCGUCCUGUCUACGGUGAUUUUCAAAGCGUGAAAAGUGUUUUCGAGUGUGACUAAGCUGUGUACUACGGCUGUAACGCAGUUCGGCGCGCCAUUUAAACCGCGCUUCUUAUCAGAAACUCUCUUCUUCGACGGAGUGCAUUAAACGCAAUUUUUUUAUUAACGAGUAAAUUCGUACGAUAAUAUUUUAUUACGAUCGCCUGACUGUCCGUGUUUUUUUUUCUUAAGAGGGAAAUUUUUCUCAAUUUCCUUCGCGAAUUAUGUAACAACCCUAACAACGCGAUAUGCCGAUGAUAAACACUAUGUCCACUAGAAUGGAAGAAGAAAUAGUAGUAGACGAUGUUGAUGAGAAUGGUAGUGCAGAGACGCAGCAAAGGGACGGUUCUAAAACUCCCGUAAUGCCUUUGCUGUAUAUCCAACAAAAUAAAUUACGUGCUGCCCAAUCAACAAAUGCAAAUCAAGCCCUUGUUUCACCUAGUACCCAACUUACUGCCAUUAUUAAUCCAGUUAAUAAUCAGAUUGUGACUGGACAAAAUAAGGUGUUUAUACAAGGAUCAGGGCAGGUAGCUACGUCUCAAAGCAAACAACAUAUUGUAAUACAUCGACCAAUAAAUACUGUGAGCUCUGUAGCAACCUCACAGUCUCAAAAACAUAUAGUACUUAGAAAGUCAACAUCUACAGCUCAGAUAGUGCCCUUGAGUACAACUCAAGGAAGUCAAACCAAUGCGCAAGUAGGGAAGCAUACAUUUGCAUAUCUGGGAACCCUUAUUAAACCUAACAAGUCACGAGAAUCUGUUGUUAUACCAGCAGGUGCUCUAACAUCGACUCAAAUAGCCAAUAAGCCAAAAUUAGUAAUUACUCCAGUAAUUUCUCAAUUAGCUCAGACAUCAACUAGUAGCACAAGUGGUUCAAGUCAACCCCCUAAACAUAUGGCGAACUUACUAUUACCAGUCAACAUUCCCCAGCAGAGUGGUACAACAAAACCUAGCAUGUUUAAUCUAAAAAUAAAUAAUGGUCAACUCAGUACAGAAAGCAAAGGAACUAUAACAGUAUUACGUGAGUCAAAAACGACGAAUUCAACAACACAUCCUCCACCAUUGCAUCCAAUAGCAAAAAUGAGUCUUUUGAAUGCAAAUAAGGGCAAUUCUAAUUCCAUAGAUAGUAUAAAAAUUACUGAAAAUCCAGAUUCAGCUGUAAUCACACCUAUUCCAAAAAAAGAAGACAAUCCACCAGAAAAGCGGAAAAAGACCAUUAGCAACAUAUUACGAGGUUCUGCGGAAAAACGAAUGAAAAAGCAAAAUCUUACGAAAUCUCAAGACAGUCUAGCUGAUACUAAUUAUGCACUAAGCAGUCCAGAAUCUGAACAGGACAAGGAUAAGAAGGCUCAAAAUGAUGACGAUAUUACAUUGAUAAAAGUUGUUCCUAGCGAGGAUAAAAUUUCAAAACUUAAUACAAAUGUGGAUGAUGAUAUAAAAAUAGAGAUUAUUAAAACUCCGACGAAUUGUACCGUUGAAGCAGUGCCAGACAAUAAGAACGAAGCAAAGGGUAAUAAUCAUGAUGAAACAAAAGAACAAUUAAAUACUUUGAAUCAAAACAAUACCAAUUUUGAUGCAACUAAAGUUUUAGACUGGAAAGACGGUGUUGGUACUUUACCUGGGAGUAAUUUACAAUUUCGUAUGAAUGAAUUUGGUAUUAUGGAAGUAGUUGAAGAUGACGAAAGCAGUAAACAAAAAGAUGGUAUUGGUGAUAAAGAAAAUGUAUGUUUGACACAAAAUUCUUCAAAGAGCAAUCCAGGAAUUAUUAAUAACACUAAUGUAGAGAAAAAGGCUGAGGAUAGAAAAUCGAGAUCAAUGGCUGCAGACACAAUGUAUCAUUGUGAAUCUUGCGGAUGUUAUGGAUUGGCUGCUGAAUUUGAAAGUCCAAUAUCAUGUAGUCCUUCCUGCACAGAAAUAAUAGAAGAAAAACAAUCUAUAAGUAGAAAGGAAAAGGAGUUGAAAGAAAUACGUAUGAAAAAGAAACGCAAGAGAUUAUUACAAGAACCACAAUGGUCAAAGGAUAUGGAUGAGAAGGUUGAUGAAAAAACAGAUAAGGCAAAGUCAGAGACGGAUGAGGAGAAAGAUCCACUAGCUUUAGAUGAUGAGAGCCAAGGAGAUUCAUCAGAAUCCAAGUAUCCUUGGCAAAGAGGAAAAUUGGGUUUUUCAUGGCCAAAAUAUCUUGAACAUUGUAAAGCAAAAGCAGCGCCUGUUAAAUUAUUCAAGGAUCCUUUUCCCUAUACCAAAAGUCAAUUUAGAGUUGGAAUGAAGUUGGAAGGUAUAGAUCCGGAACGUCCUUCUCGAUAUUGCGUUCUAACUAUCGUCGAGAUUGUAGGUUAUCGAAUGCGUUUGCACUUUGAUGGCUAUCCAGAAAAUUAUGAUUUCUGGGUAAAUGCAGAUAGUAUGAAUAUCUUUCCUGCUGGUUGGGCUGAGAAGAACGGCAAGAAAUUAGAUCCACCAAAGGGUUAUGUAACUGGCAAUUUUAAUUGGAAUGCCUAUUUAAAAAUGUGUAAAGCAACUGCAGGCAAAAAUAUAUUUCCGAAUAAAAGCGUGCUGCAAACAGUCUUUCCAACUGGUUUUCGAGUCGGUAUGAAGUUAGAGGCCGUAGAUAGAAAGCAUUCUUCAUUACUUUGUGUUGCCAGCAUAGCAGGUUUAAUGGAUUCCCGAAUAUUGGUCCACUUCGAUUCCUGGGAUGAAGUGUAUGAUUACUGGGCUGAUGCUAGUUCACCAUAUAUUCAUCCUGUAGGAUGGUCUCAUCACAAUGGACGUCUCUUGAUGCCACCAAAUAAUUAUAAAGAUUCCAAAUCUUUUACCUGGGAUGCAUAUCUAAGAGAAACCGGCACGACAGCGGCACCAUCUAGAGCGUUCAAGCAGCGACCACCUUGUGCAUUCAAACGUGGCAUGAAACUGGAAGCGAUGGAUAAACGAGUCCCUCGACUAAUUAGAGUGGCAACAGUUGAAGAUGUGAAAGAUCAUCAAUUGAAAAUAAGAUUUGAUGGUUGGCCUGAAACUCAUGCGUAUUGGGUUGAUGAUGAUUCACCUGAUAUUCAUCCCGUGGGCUGGUGUUCGAAAACUAGUCAUCGAUUGGAACCACCACUUACGCCUGAUAAUUUGAACGAUCGACCGGAAUGUGGCACAUAUGGUUGCCGAGGUAUAGGACAUAUAAAGGGACCUAAAUUUGCAACGCAUAACUCGGCAUCCGGUUGUCCGUAUUCUCCUCAAAAUCUUAAUAAAUCAAUACAGAUGCCUGAUAGACUUAGUUCGUCAAGACACGAAGCCUAUGACUUUGAGGAGGAAAUGCAAGAAAAAUUGAAAUUAGAGAAGAUUGACAGAAUAAAAAUGGAAAAGUAUGAUAAACCUGAUAAACUUUUGUUCAUCGAUGAAAGGCUAUUAAUAGUUGAGAAGGAUAUUAAACAAGAAGAUGGAGAUUUGUCUGAUAGGAAUGACAAAUUUGAAAAUAGAUCAGAAAAUUCAGAAAAAUCGAACAAAUCCAAACAUUUGCAUAGUGAUGGACAAACGGAUGAUGAUGAAAUUUCGAGAAAACGAAAGAAAAGACACCCAAUUUCGGAGGAGUCUUUGUUGUCUGUUUCUGAUAUUGCAUAUAGUCAUCUACAUUGGAAUCCUAGUUCAUAUGCUGCAAAUAUACCAGAUAAGCAAUUGCGUAAAGAAUUGUAUCAAUCUGUAUAUAAUCCGGGAUAUAAUCCAUUGCCAAAUGCACCACAUGUAUGGGCAAAACAUAGUAAUGCCUUAAACAGAGUUGUAGCGAGGCAGACCACAAAUCCACGACGAUGGUCUAACGAAGAAGUGAUUAAGUUUAUACAAAGUAUGCCUAAUUGUGCAGAAGCUGGAAAUAUUUUUAGACAGCACAAUAUUGAUGGCGAAGCAUUUUUAAUGUUGACGCAAGAGGAUUUAAUAUCAGUACUGUGUUUACGACUUGGGCCUGCAAUUAAGUUGUAUAAUAGUAUAGUUUUAUUACGUCAGAAAGCAUCAUGAAUUACGC